CAAAAACGACAUAAAGAAAAGCGAGAAUACAUAGCAGAGAGAGAGAGAAAGAGAAGGAGGGGGGUAAUAAUAAAAACAAUUCUAGGGUUUCCGAAUCAUCAUUCCCUCCAAAUCAAACACUCGCGUUCUUUCAUUCAUCCCAAGAAAACGGGUUCACCCCCCCCCCCCCCCCCCCCUUCUCCAUUUGUCAACCACACUUCUUCAAGGUUUGUGGUCUGAAUGGUUGAUCCAAGGGAGAAGGUGCUUGGCAUGGAGGGAGGGGAAGAGAAUGCCUGUGACAUAUCUUUUGUUACUGGAUUCUUCAUUUGUUGAAACCAUUGGUGAAUUUUGUUUUUUGUUUUUCAAAAUUGUUCCGGGUUUGAAUGCAUAUUGAUUUAUGGAUUCGGAAUCUUCGGGCGAUUCUGUAAAACGUUACAAAUGCUGUGAUUGCGAUUGCGGGUGUGAUUGCUCUCCUUCCGCAGGGGAUUGGCUCCGUUCUGUGAAACGGAAGCAUGAUGAAUCGAAACAGGAAAGCCAAUUCUCUGUGCCCGGGUUGGACUGCGACCCGGUUGCUCGUGUGGAAAUUGGGAAUGAAUGUGCUGCAUUACGCCAGGCUGUUAGCAGACAACAAGAAGCUAUACAGGAUUUGUAUGCUGAAUUGGAGGAGGAGAGGAAUGCGGCGUCUUCGGCCGCCAAUGAGGCCAUGUCAAUGAUAUUGAGGUUACAGAGGGAGAAGGCAGAACUUCAGAUGGAAGCGCGUCAAUUCAAGCGAUUCGUGGAGGAGAGGGUGUCGCAUGAUCAGCAGGAGCUUUUGGUGUUGGAGGAUUUGUUGUAUAAGAGAGAACAGGCAAUUCAGGCACUCACGUGUGAAGUUCAGGCUUAUAAGCAUAGGUUGAUGAGUCUUGGCCUUACUGAGUCAGAGACAGAGGUUGAUCAGUAUGAAUUUCCCCCUUAUGAGUACCCUCCUUUGAGAUGUAAUGUAAUGCAUGCUGGGGAUUCUGAUAAUGAUGACACAGAUGUUGAGAAAUAUGUGUUUGGCGAAACUCCUAAGGACCGUUUGAGGAGCAUAGAAAAUAGGAUAUCUCAAAUGGAGAGAACUCCCACUUAUAGCCAGAUGGAUGGGGAUUUCACAGGAAAAAAUAUUCUAGAGAAGGUGGUAGUUGGGCAGUCUCCGAGACGGACUAAACAUUCCAGGAAAUUUUCCUGUGAAUCAACAUUAUUAGGCCCUGAGUUUAUGGAUUCUCCCAAGCUCAAUGGUAGCUUUAGGAAGAUGGAUUAUGUCUUGCAGUCAGAGGACUAUUCCAAUUCAAAGAAGGUAGAUAAUGCAUCAGAAGAUGGUGAUGAUGUGAGUGACAGAAUCUAUACAAUUGACUCUGAGUUCAAAGCUGGAGCUGGUGUCUAUGAUAAUUAUGCAACCACUCCAAGGGAUUUAGGGGCAGAAUUUGAAGAUCCAUACACAAAGAAGCUUUAUAUGAGGCUUCAAGCACUUGAGGCCGAUAGGGAAUCAAUGAGGCAGGCAAUCAUUUCAAUGCGCACUGAUAAGGCACAGCUUGUUUUACUUAAGGAAAUAGCUCAACAUUUGUCCAAAGAGAUGUCACCCCAAAGAAGAAUGGCAGUUAGAAAGCCAUCCUUUGUUGGCAGCUUGUCAUUCUUGACAGUUUUUAAGUGGAUCACAUCAAUUGUUUUCUGGAGAAAGAAAGCUCAUCAAAUCAAGUAUAUGUUCGGGCUACCAUCUGACAGUGCCGGCUUGCUAAUGCUACUUGACAAGGGACCCCAUUUAAGGUCAUGGAGAUAUCUUUCAAGGACACAAGUGGUGGGAGAUUAGUUCCCCUAUUCCUGUGUUAGCUUGCAGGGUUGGCUCGUAUGUGGGAGCACCGAGUCUUUAUCACACUAUACAAUGAGACUUUUUCUUUCUACUUUUUUCCCCUAGAUUUUUCUCGCCUAAGAAGUGAUAUUUUGUGCAGUGUUCUUUCAUUUCAUUUUUAUUAAAUUGAAUUUAAUUCGUUGGUUGAUUGGCGAAACUUGGAUAUGAUUUGACAUUUGAGCGUUCUCGCUCGUAUGGUUUUUUGAAGUUGAGCCGAGGUACAUGUCUGUGGACAGUCCUCUCCUGUACAUGACAUAAUGUAAGGGUCUUCACUCUUAAUAU